AUGUCAUCGCCGGUUUUAGAACCAGCUGAGAGCAACGCGACCUGUCAGCUUUUGAGAUACGGGGCUAAGUUCUUCAAGUAUAACUUUGCUGAGUUUGUCAAAGAAACACCCCUUGAAAAACUUGUUUUUUCACAGCUGGAAGGAAAUAAAGAUGUCAUCACGCAUGCCAGCGAUAUGAUGCGACAGGUUUCUGUGUAUAAAUACGGCGGCAUGUAUUUAGAUCUAGACUUCGUCAUUCUCAGAGACCUGACCGGGAUUCGAAACGCAGUUACUAUGACUAAUAUGGGUCGUGAAUAUGACUUAGUGAAAAACAACAGCGAGUUUUGCAACCCCGAAGCACCAAGUGAAAAAGGUCAUAUUCAAAACGCGUUUGUGGCUUUGGAUAAAGGUCACCAACUUCCGUGGAAAAUCAUGGAAAACUUGGUCAAAAUUUACAACGGCGACCAAAACAGAGCAGCGACCGGGCCUCUAAUGUUGACACACUCGAUUGAGCAGCUUUAUCAAAUCAGCCCAAAAGAGUUGAGAGAUCCCGAAAUUGAAGACUACACGAUACUUCCUGUUUCAAAUUACGAUCUGUUAUCGUGCAGGUCUGAAGUUUCUUCUUCCAUUCUGGUGGUUAUCAAGCUGUAG